AUGAGUUCGCUCCAAGAUAUCAUGGAGGGCACCCGCUUUAAAAGAUAUAUCCCCGACAACUUCAUCGUCGAUCCUCUUCGCGUCGAUCGUUUGAUUUUAUGCUGCGGCCAAAUUUUCUACGAUCUCCACGCUGAGAGGGAGAGGCUUCAAAGUGAAAGCAGUGCAGCAGAUAAUCCAGGGUACCGUGUAGCAAUAGCUCGCGUUGAGCAGCUGUCUCCUUUCCCUUUUGAUUUAGUAAUAAAAGACAUUCAGCGUUAUCCAAACCUCCGCAGUGUUGUCUGGGCGCAAGAAGAGCCGAUGAAUCAAGGUGCUUGGGGCUAUACAAGCAAAAGAAUAGAAUCUUGUCUCUUUCAUCUGGGGCGGCCUAAUAAAAUAGAGAGGCCCCUAUACGUUGGUCGCGAUGUCUCUGCUACGACUGCUGUAGGUGAUAAGCAUUUGCAUGAUAAAGAGUUGGCCCAGCUGCUGGUAGACGCAUUUAAUUUGGAGUGUACAGACAACUCGUAUUUAAGCAAAUAUCUAUCGAGACGAGUGCAGGCAGAGCAGCAGCAAGAAGAAAAGAAGCAGCAGCAAAAGCAGCAACGCCAGCAAGAACAACAAGAGGAAGAGCAUCAGCAGCAGCAACUGGAAGAGCAGCAGCAGCAGCAGCAGAUGGCCGAAGACGGCGCUCCUACUGCUUCCAGCACCCCCAGUAACAGCUAA